GUUCAGAAGGUCUUGCAUUAGGAAAAACUUAUUCUACAUCACUCUACUUCCGCAUGAAACAUGGUUUCUGCUGAGCACAACACUCGAGUAAAUGCUGUUUGUUUGCAUUGGUUUGCAUACGUUUAACAUUAACAUAACCUCCUAGAACCAUCCCGAUCAGGACGCAACAGCAGCAGCAGACUGUUGACUGCGGAGAUCAUAUGGAGGGGAAACUGGGCAUGGGAGAUGUUUCUCCGUCCCAUCAUCAACAUCAGCGGGGCUUGUGGAAAUCCUUGCAGGGCAAAUCCAAACUCACUUCGAGCCCCAAACUGGGCAAGAAAGAACGGAAACAAGAGAGCGGGUUUUGGAUAUUUAAAAAGAAAAAGCCAAAUGGUUUGGACCGAGCGAUGUCUUCGUCUCAGCCAAAUCUGCACAACGCAGCGGCUCCGGAGGGAAGUAAUGGGGGUGAGAGCGGGAGAGCGCGCCGCGGCACGCCGGAACAGAGUGCAGGUAGAGCGCCCGCAGCGGCAGCGUCGCUCGGUGCGGAGAUCCAGACGCUGAAAAGAACCAUGAGCGCUAAACCGACCCUCUCGCAUUUGGUGCAGUCCCAACACAAACCUCCUCAGCAAGAAUCCACAAGCACAGAGGGUGCUGUGGUGGAUGGUAACGAGGAACAGAUCAGUAAAAGCAUGGGCAUUAAUGCAGUGGGUAAUGGCAGCACACAACCAUCACUACCCGUUUCAGCAAUGUACCAGUUGGACAUUAUGCUAAAAAGAGGAAACAAUUUAGCCAUUCGAGACAGAGGUGGGACAAGCGACCCUUAUGUCAAAUUCAAAAUAGCUGGUAAAGAAGUUUUCCGUAGUAGGAUCAUCCCCAAGAACCUUAGCCCGGUUUGGGAUGAACAAGUUUGCCUGAUAGUGGACAAUUUACAAGAACCUUUGUAUAUUAAGGUGUUUGACUAUGAUUUUGGCCUUCAAGAUGACUUUAUGGGUUCAGCAUACCUGCAACUUGAUUCGCUGGAGCACCGGAGACCACUGGAUGUUCUGUUAGACCUUCAAGACCCUCACUGCCCUGAUCAGGACCUGGGCUCUCUGGAGCUGACGAUCAGUCUGUUCCCCAGAGGUCUGGUAGACAGAGAGGCCCUCAGACAAGUGCAGCAACAGAAUCUGCGGCUGUCUGACCUGCACAAGAAGUCUCAGCUCUGGAGGGGCAUUGUGAGCAUUCACCUCAUCGAGGGUCGCGACCUCAUCCCUAUGGACCAGAACGGCCUCAGUGACCCGUAUGUCAAAUUCAAACUGGGCCAUCAGAAGUACAGGAGCAAGACAAUUCCCAAAACCCUGAACCCUCAGUGGAGAGAGCAGUUCGACCUGCAUCUGUUUGAUGAGGAGGGUGGUGUUCUGGAGAUCUCCGUGUGGGACAGAGACUUGGGCAGGAGAGACGACUUCAUCGGCCAGUGUCAAUUGGACCUGUCACAGCUGAGUAGAGAGAAGACUCAUAGAGUGGAACUGGAGCUGGAUGAGGAUAAAGGUACAAUAGUACUACUGGUGACCCUCACCGCCACAGCUGCUGUCCCCAUCUCUGACCUGUCUGUCAAUAUACUGGACAACCCACAUGAACGACGACAGAUCCUAAAAAGAUAUAGUCUUCUGAGGUCGCUCUUUAACAUGAAGGAUGUCGGAAUCGUGCAGGUGAAAAUCUUGCGGGCGGAGGGACUGAUGGCAGCUGAUGUUACAGGAAAGAGUGACCCGUUCUGUGUAGCAGAACUCUGUAACGAUCGACUGCAGACACACACAGUCUACAAGACACUGAACCCAGAGUGGAAUAAAGUCUUCACCUUCAAUGUGAAAGACAUUCACUCUGUGCUGGAAGUCACCGUGUAUGACGAGGACCGAGACCGCAGUGCAGAUUUCUUGGGUAAAGUGGCCAUCCCUUUAUUAAACAUUCGCAACAGCGAACAGAAGGCCUACGUCUUGAAAAACAAGGAGUUGACAGGGCCAACAAAAGGGGUCAUCUUUCUCGAAGCAGACGUCAUCUUCAACGCCGUGAAAGCCAGUUUGCAGACGUUCGUUCCACCAGAACAGAAGUAUAUUGAAGAAGAGUCCAAAGUCUCUAAACAGCUGUUGCAGCAGAAUUUUAACCGAGUGAAACACUGUGUCCUCUUCCUCAUUAAUGUGGGCUCCUACAUCAACAGCUGUUUUCAAUGGGAGUCGCCUCGCAGGAGUAUAUGUGCUUUCUUGAUCUUUGUGUUGGUGGUUUGGAAUUUCGAUAUUUACAUGAUUCCACUGUCCUUGCUUCUUCUCCUUACCUGGAAUUACUUCCUGUUGGCCUCCGGAAAGGAACCGCGUGAGGGAAGUGUGCAAGCGAUGGAGGACCUUCUUGAAGAUGAGGAUGAAGAUUAUGACAAAGAUGACAAGGACUCAGAGAAAAAGGGCUUCCUGGAUAAAUUCUAUGCGAUUCAAGAUGUGAUCGUUUCUGUUCAGAAUGCCCUGGAUGAAGUGGCCUCCUUUGGGGAAAGAGUGAAGAACACAUUUAAUUGGUCCGUGCCUUUUCUGAGUUGGUUAGCCAUAACAGUUCUGUGUGCGGGUGCCACUCUAAGUUAUUUCAUCCCACUACGCUAUAUUGUGCUGGCCUGGGGUAUCAAUAAAUUCACCAAAAAACUUCGAAACCCUUACCUCAUCAACAACAACGAGCUGAUGGACUUCCUAUCCAGAGUUCCGUCAGAUGUUCAAAUGGUUCAGUAUAAAGAAUUCAAACUGGAUUCCACACAGAAUCCCAACAAGAGAAGGAGAAACAAUCCCGGAUAGUUCCUACCGUGCAAUUUCAAAUUUUAAAUCAACAGCCUCCAAAGCUCUGCAUAUGUGUACAAUACACUGUAAAUGUUACAUAGACUUUAAAAGGGGAUUGUUUUAAAAAGGAUAUGUCUAUUGUUUCUAUCAUUGUAGUUUAUGUAAACUGCACAGCUACAAUCAACCAAUGGUGGUAAUAUUUACAUGGCACAAUCUUUUUUCAUAUAAUGUACGCCCAUUCUGCUGCACUGAUUUUUCAUUACUUCAGUGUCUUUUACAUUUGGGGUUUUUAAUUUUAUUUUUAGCCUUUUGCCACUUUUAUUGAGAGAUAAUAGAGAAAGCGAGGGGGAAAUGGAUAACAUGCACCAACCACUAGGCCACGGCUCCAAUAAAUUUGUCAUUUUAAAGGUUACGCUUCUUUCUGCCACAAAACAUAUCUGUAUAAAUUUAUAAGUUUUUAGUCUUCACAAACAUAUGCAAAAUUAUUUAUAAAAUAUGCUACAGUUUUAGCCUUAUAGCUUUUCUUCAAAAUACAAACCCUAACUUUUUCCAUUUGAGCUCACUGUUCAUGUCAUUCACUUUGGGUAUGAGUUUUGAACCUGGAAUUUGUAUUUGUAACCAUGUAUUUUAAGGAGAAAUUGCAUGCUGUGCAUCCAAAUCCAAAAACAAUGUAUGUGUGUUUGAAAAUGUUGUUGUAAAUAUACCUUGUGGAAAGUU